CAAUCUUACUCUUGAUACAUAUAAUAUAAUACAUUAUUCCCAAGUAUGCAUCAAUCUCACAAAGUCCACAUGUCUGUGGACAUGCACAAGAACAAAAAGAAAACACGGCCAUGGCUCCUCCAAAGCCACAACGGACCCUCAGGGGCGCCGCCAACGUCCCCAAACACUUCAACGGCGCGCUCACGUACUCUGUCGUUCUGAUUGCCGUCUCUCAGAUCAACUUCGGCCUCGACCAGGGCAUCUUUUCCAACACACAGGCCAUGCCACACUUUUACAGUCAGUUCGGCGCGCCGGACCCCAAGACGGGAAAAUACGCCCUCGAUCCGGUCUUCUUGUCGCUGCUCAACAGUCUGCCUUUUAUUUGUUUCUCUCUGGGACUUGUCCAGGGCUCGUAUAUCAGCAACAAAUGGGGUCGUCGGACCAGCAUGCAUGUCAUGUGCAUCUGGGCAAUCAUCUCGGCGGCCGUGUGCGUGUCGGCGAGGGGACGCGUGCAGGUGGUGACGGGUAGGAUGAUCAAUUACCUCUACAUAGGCAUGGAGCUGGCUGUUGUCCCCAUCAUUCAGUCUGAAAUGGUACCAGCUCCUGCCAGGGGGUUUAUUGUCGGGACGUACCAGCUCGGAUUGGGGCUUGGCCAUAUCCUCGCCUCCUUGAUCUGUCGCGCUACAAGCGACAUUGACUCCAACAACUCGUGGAUCAUUCCUUACGGUACCAUGUUCUUAAUCCCUUCUAUACUACUUUGUAUGCUGUGGCACAUGCCAGAGUCCCCCGGUGGUUGUUACUACAAGGCCGCGACGACGACGCGCUCGCCUCGCUCCGACGACUGCGUGUGGGCCGCUUCACAGACGAGCGGAUCAAGGAAGAACUCGCCAGCUUCCGCAGCACGAUAACUGCUGCCGCCAACAAGGAAUCGUGGAAAGAGGCCUUUCAAGGCUCGAACCGGAAGCGGACGCUGAUCGUCUGCGGCGUCAACGUCUUUUCCCAGCUGACCGGCCACAACUUUGUGUCCAAAUACGGCACCAUAUUCCUCCGGUCGCUCGGACACUUUCAACGCGUUUUCCAUGUCGCUGAUCAAUUCGUGUAUCAACACCUUGGUUGUUAUAUCCACCAUAUUCCUCUCCGACAUGGUUGGGCGGGUCCCCCUUCUGAUCACCGGCGCGUCCAUCCAAACCGCUGCACUGUUGACAAUGGGUGGGCUCGGCACUGCAGGGGGCAGGAAUGCGCCAUUGUCAAUACGUGAGGGGAUAACGGCCAUGGUCACUCUGUUCGGCGUGGGCUUCAACUUUGGCUGGGCUCCUUUGUCACACGUGGUGGCGGCCGAGAUUCCCACCCUGAGGCUUCGUGACAAGAUCUACGGCUUGGGUUCCGCUAUCAACAUCAUUAUCCAGUUCUUGGUAGUUUUCAUCAUCCCAUACCUCAUGGAUGAUGCAUAUGCCGGCCUUGGGCCCAGAGUAGGGUUUAUUUUUGGAACCGUGGCAUUUUUCGCAGUGAUUUUCAGCUGGUUCUGCGUCCCUGAGUGUAGUGGUCGAACCCUUGAAGAGAUAGAUCGCCUUUUUCUAGAGGGAGUACCGAUUCGCAGCUUCAAAUCUCAUGUCCUGGCUGACCCAGAGGAAGACAAGGGUUUGUAGUUGAACGAGUCUUGGCAGUACACAGAGAAGAGCCACAGGGAAACGGCAGGAUAAAUACUCAAUAUCCUGCAGGCUUGGAACAUACUGCCCAAUACCCCGCAGACUGGUAUCAUGCACAACACCCAGCUGGAACACUUUAAACGAAUAGAAUAUAACAACAGACAGACCUGUUGCUGCCCUUUGAAUUAUGAUUUCUCAGACCUGUCAUGAUUCUAAGAACUUCUUGACGUUGCCGCCAAUAUUUUCCAAAUCCAACAGGAAUGUAUCGUGUCCAAACAUGCUUUGCUCCUCGCUCAACUCUACGUGGGUCACGCUCUUGUUCCCCACAGCCCGGAGCGCGUCAGCCACCUCACGUUGCUGCCAGGCCGGGAAGAGGAUAUCGCUGGCCACACCCAUCACCAAUGUAGGAUGUUGACUGAGCGGAGCCAACCCACGCACCAAAUCAGCUGGUGGUUUCGGGUAUGGAGAUGCAGACACUGCCUCGGCCGGCUCCUCCGGUGACUGCUGCUCCUCAUACGGGACAUCCGGCAGCGUCAGCGUGCACGCGGCCUGCUCGUUCACAGAAGCUUUCUUCCCUGCCCUCAUUUCCUCUUCCCUCGCUGUUCUCCUCUGCACAGUAGCCCGCUGGCUUUCAGCUCCCAAAUCAAACAGGUCCAUCGCCUUGCUGACAUACAGCAAACUGUUCGCAUCGUAGGUCAGACAUGCCUUUUCACCGGCAUGAUCCAGGUACGUCUCGAUCAGGAAGUCGGGACACAGCGCCGGAGGCUUGUUGGGGUCGGCCCUGCGCCUACCGAACCUCAGCUCCCACUCGGGACCGGACCUAUACGUAACGGUGGCGAUCUCUCGGGCCAGCUUCAUACCGGCGUGAGGAGGGAUCUGAUCCGGCUCAUAGUAAAAUCCUCGGUUCCAAUGCGGGUCCAUCAUCAAGACUUGGCGCUGGGUGUGGCGCAUCGCAAUGCUGUAAGGAUGGCUCCUGGCGCAACCACUAAUGCUCACGAUCCUGGCCACACGAUCCGGGAAGAGCGUCGCCGCGGCGAGGGAUUGCAUGCCUCCCAUGGAGCUACCAACCGAGGCAUACAACCUGUCAAUUCCGAGACCGUCGAGUAGUCGGAACUGAGCGCGUACCAUGUCGCUGAUGGUCAGAAUGGGGAAGCGCGUCGCAUAGUGCUUCCCGUCGGCUGGGUCUAGAGAGGACGGACCGGUCGAGCCGUAGCAGCCGCCAAUGACGUUGGUGCAUAUUACAAAGAAGCGGUCUGUGUCGAUGGCGCAGCCGGGGCCGAUGAAUCGCUCCCACCAUCCAGGUUGAGGGUUUGCCUCUGUCGAUCUUGCGUGUGAGCUGGCCGAGAGACCGGUAUGCAGGAGGAUCACGUUGGACUUGUCGGCGUUGAGCUUUCCCCAUGUCUCGUACGCUAUGUGGAAAGAUGGUAGGACACCGCCCCAAUCGAGAAGCAAUGGCGACUUGCAAUGGUAGGAUAGCGUUGCGCCUGCCGUGUAAGAUGGCUCGGGACCGGAAGAUGCAGAAGUUCGGGAAGAAGACAAUUGUGCCGAUCGUGACUCGAGCGCGUCAAGACAGGGGAACGCCAUUGCUGGAUUCGAAGAGCCGCUGCGACGCGCCGGCGAGGUGUGGAAGGGUCGAGCAUGUUGAGCUGCGGCUGUCCUCGUAGGGAAGAGCUUCGGGGGUGUCGCGCGGGAGGAUAGUGAUGUGCGACCAGCCCGGCGGAGGCCAGCUUGAAUGCAUCGUGAACUCUUCAUGACUGUUACUUGAUCUACCACGAAAGGAAGAGCAUGAAAAGUGUAAAAGGAAGAGAUGCUCCUUAUAAUAUCAACCGUCCGGCAUGAUUACAGAUGCCGCCCCCAUUGUCG